AAGCAAACGACAAAGUUAAUGACUAAAGGAAGGGGUUGUAUUAUUUUAUAGGCAUGAGAGGUCUCCUUUUGAAUUUGUCGAUGUGGGAUUCAAGCCAAAACUUUCACUGUGCUGCUGCCAACAGUACAGCUUCAUCAUUCACCGGGAACAUUGAUCUCUGUAGCGAACCAUUGCUCCCAUGUAACCCAUCUCACCCUUCACUUUCUCCAUCACCAUCAGCUCAGAAACCUCCAAACCCAUUUCAUAAUAAAUCCAAAAAACUCUUGACAUUAGCUAUAAUUGUUAUAUCCAUCGGUUCCGCAUUGUUUCUACUUCUCCUUUUGAUCAUUCUAAUCUUUUGUCUUAAGAGAACUCAAAAAACAAAAUCUUUGAAAACUGCGAGCCCGUAUUCGACGGUGAUGCUACUAACUUCUACUUUCUGUCCGGGUGUUGUAGAGACUACUCCAUCAAGAACUCAAAUGGAUUUGAUGAAUCUCCCAAACUCAGAUCAAGCUCCAUCUCUAAUCUACAGAAGCCAGAAAGAGGGAAGAAAUAAACAAAUGGGUAGAGAAACAAAGGGGCUAAGUGAGUAAUCCCACAUCGAGCACUGCAAAAGGGGGGUAAGUGAGUAAUCUGUAUUUAAUUUUUCUGAAGUAAGAUUUUUUUUUACUCAUUUAUCAUAUAUUUAUAUAUAAUAUUUUAAUUUUGACUAAUUUUUUUAAAAUAAUUAUUAAUUUAUUAUUAUAUUAUUUUUUUUAAGCGGGUAAACGGAUGA